AUGGAGCUAGUGAAAAAACUUGAUGCAACAAAAACCUGUCUGGUAUCAUUAGAUGUAAAAGCCUUAUAUCCGAGCAUACCAACCAAAGAAGCCAUUUGGAAACUAGAGGAUUGGCUAACGGAACAAUGUGUGGAACUUAACGAGAGGAAAAAGGCGAAAAUCUACGCAAAAUCAGCAGCUCUCUGCAUGAAUGAGAACUACUUCAUCUGUAGGGACCAAUUUUACAAAACCACCUCAGGAACUGCAAUGGGGAAUCCGUUAUCCCCCUUGACAAGCGAAAUCUUCAUGAAAAGCAUAGAAGAAGAAAUUGAAAAACAGGGCAUCAUGCUAAAAUUUUGGGCACGUUACGUAGACGACAUAUUGGUUAUAAUCCCAAACGAAGAUAUCGAGAAAACACUGGAAGCAAUAAACAACAUACACCGUAACAUAACUUUCGCAAUGGAAAAGGAAGGUGACCUACGAAUAGCGUUUCUGGACCUAUCAAUAAUAAGAAACAGCAAUAAACUCGAGUUCGACAUAUUCAGAAAGAAAACUCACACACAACGUACCAUACCGAGGAUGUCAAAACACACAUAUGGACAGAAAAUGGCGGCUUACUGCAGUAUGAUACAUAGAUUGCUAGUGACACCAUUGACGGAAGAGCGCUUCAAAAAGGAAACAAGUAACAUAAAAGACACAGCGGUGGAAAAUGGAUAUAGUAGGGAGUGA